AUGUCUGUGCUCUUCGCUGUUGGUUCCAACGGAUCAGGCCAACUCGGAAUAGGCCACAAAGAAGACGUAUCCGUCCCCAAACAAGCCAUAUUCUUCCCAGAGAACACCGAAUCGCCAGUCAUCAAAAUCGCAGCAGGCGGAAACCACACCCUUCUCCUCACGAAUUCAGGACAACUCUGGUGGAGUGGCGACGCGACCAGCGGUGCAUGCGGUCUCACAUCAGCAGUAGAGACCGACGAGCCCGUGUUCCAAAAAGUCCAGCUCAGCAAGGAUGAAGCAAAUGCCCCCGCAGCCACCACCACCACCACGGCAACAACGACAACACCAGUCCUGAUCGCAGCAACCUGGGAAGCUUCCUUUGUCGUCCAGCAGGACGCGGAUGGAAAGAAGACCAAGAUCUCCAGCUUCGGCGCCGGCCAAAAGGGUGAGCUGGGCCUCGGGGAACUCCUCGUCCGUUCGCCGUCCGCCACUCUCUUCAAGGAAUUCCCUCCAGCCGGGACUGAGAUCGUGGACCUGGCGGCGUGUAUGGGUCACGCCGUGGCGGUCCUGAACAACGGCGACGCCUACGCUUGGGGCAAUGUGCGUAAAGGGCAAGGUGGAAUCCCAGAGGCGGUCGUCUACUCGCCGAGGAAGAUUGAGAGUGUCAACUUCAAAGUUGAGAGGGCAGUCUGCGGGAAGGACUUUACGUGCCUGUUUGGAGCACCGGACUCGGGAAAACUGCUCGUCCUGGGGUCUGAUAAAUGGAAUACCAAGUCCUCCGCACCUAGUUCCGCACCAGAGUGGGCAGAUGUGGGCGCUAGCUGGGGUAAUAUCUACGUCUUGAAGAAGGACGGCGAGCUCUUGGCGUGGGGGAGAGACGACCAUGGACAGCUCCCGCCGCCGAGCCUACCCAGAUUAUCAAAGAUUGCCAUUGGCAGCGAACACGUCAUUGCAUUCACGGAGACGGGCGAUGUGCUCGCUUGGGGAUGGGGAGAGCACGGCAACUGCGGUCCGCAAGUUGAGAACAACGAUGUCAAGGGGCGAUGGAAUGUCAUUGCAUCGUCAAAAUUUAUUCCCCCCGGUUCUAACAUUACGGGUAUCGGCGCGGGCUGCGCGACUAGCUGGGUGACUAUCAUCACCGGUUGA